AUGCGAAGUGCAGUACUGCUAUCGGCUCUGGCCACCAUCGCCACUGCCGGAUUCGUAAAGGUCGAUAUCGAUGAUGGGAAAACUCAUGGUCCGGCACCGGCUCCCGCGGUCAAACCACGUGGCGAAGGCAAAGGCUUCAUCAAGUUGGACUUCGAGACCGAGCAUGUCGGCAAGCGUUUGAAGCCUCGACAGUUGGAUGACGACGACCUGGACCAGAACAUCACCUUGGCUAGCCAGAGAAGUUUGUAUUGGCUAAGCCUAGAGAUCGGGACGCCGCCGCAGCCAUUUCGUCUUCAGCUCGAUACCGGGUCGAGCAAUGUCUGGGUGCCUGACUCUAGGGUCCGGCAAUGCCGAGAUGAGUGUCCCGGAGGAUUCUUCACCCCCGAGGAUUCUUCAACCUACGAGGUUCUCGAGGAGGAUGUUUUCGAGAUUGCAUACCUCGAUGGCACCGGCGCCUUCGGCGACUACUUUUCCGAUGCUGUCACUAUUGGCGAAUCUACUAUCGAUGCUGGUGUCAUGGCCAUCGGCUUGGCUCGCGAACUUCAAGAUGGCCCACGACUCAUCAACGAUGGUCAGGGCUUGGUUGGUAUCGGCUACUGGAUCAACCAGGCAGGUAACGAGUACCUGGCCACCGAAAUCAACGAUCCACCCACCUUGAUACAAGCACUUGUCAAUCAGGGGGACAUUGAUCGCGAGUCGUACUCGAUCUAUCUCAACGAUGUCAAUAACGGCACUGGUAGCAUCAUUAUCGGCGGCACUGAUGCCACGAAGUACGAGGGCGAGCUUGUCGCACUUCAGACGCUCGAGGACCCCAAUGGCAGCCAGCUCACCAACUAUACGCACUUCGAGGUUGCGCUUACGGGCAUUGGUAUCGAAGACGAUGACGGCAAGCGCUGGUUGACAGACCCAGACUUCGCGGAGCCUGGCCUCCUGGACAGCGGUACCACGCUGACCUACGUCUCGUCCUCGCUCUACCAAGCCAUCGCCCAAGGCUUCGGCGUCACCGCCGGCUUCAUCCCAUGCCACUACCGCAACAGCAACGCCGCGCUGGUCUAUCAGUUCGGCGGUGCCGAUGGGCCAGAGAUCCGCGUCCCCCUCAACGCUCUCAUCGACCUAGACAACGCCUUCAGGUACGAAGACGACGACGCCACCGACGCUUGCUACUUCCUCAUGCAGCAGUUCGAGGAGCCCUUUGUCAUGCUGGGCAACAGCUUCAUGCGCUCCGGCUACUUCGUCUACGACCUGGAGAACCAUCUCGUGGCGCUCGCGCAGGUGGCUGCCAACGCCACCGAGGACGACCCCAUCGCCAUUCCCUCUGGCACGGAGAUCCCAGGAUGCACCAGCACGAAUACCUAUACGAUCAGCAACCGCGUCGCGAGCCCCACGGUCGAGGACCUCAUUACGCCGACUCUGCCGAGGAGCAUUGUGCCUGCGACGCCAACUUUUGCGUUGGGUGAUGUGGCCGAAAGCAGUGGUGGCAGCGGGAGUGGCAGUGGCAGUGGCAGUGGCAGUAGCAGUGGAGGUGACGAGGAUGCUGCACCAUCUGUCAGGGUUGCUGGGUACGCCAUGGUCGUGGUGGGCGCGGUGGCGGCGCUGAUGGUCAUGCUGUGA